AGCCUUUAGGGUUUUGGCUUCGAGCAAAAAAGGAAAAAAAAACUCCGCUACCGAGAGAGAAAGGAGCGCGUCCUGUGAGAUCGGAAUCAAUGGAGUCUACAAUCUCGUUGAAGACCAAAGGAAAAGGGAAAGGAUCAAAGGGAGCUUCGUCUUCCGAUGACAAAUCCAAGUUUGAUAUCGUCAAGGAAUGGAGCAAUUGGUCAUUGAAGAAGGCCAAAGUCGCGACUCACUAUGGCUUCAUCCCUCUCAUCAUCAUCAUCGGCAUGAACUCCGAUCCCAAACCUAAUCUCUUCCAGCUCCUUAGCCCUGUCUGAUCCAAAUCCGUAUCGAAUCCGAUCAUUUCCUGGUUUGGCUUUAUUAUAUCUAUCUACGCGUGUUCUUCGAUUCGCCGAAUCUUCUUUUAUAAGUAGCUAGUUUCGAAUUACUUCCUCUACUCUAUGGUUCUGUAUUGACUCAGAUUUUAGCUUAUGAUAUGUUGUGAAAUCGAAUCUGGGAAUUUUAAUAAGUAAUGAUGGAAACAAAUGAAUGCUUUAAAAGAUUUGAAGUUUUUGUAUCAUCAAAGUGUUGGAAUGUCUUGUAUCAUUUGUACAACAUGUGUUAUA